CAACUAGCUAAACAAACUAAGAUUUUGACAACAAUACACUAUGAGAGUUCAUAAAAUCAAUGCAGGGUUAUAAACCAAUAUCUAAUACCUACCGUUAUGAUAAAGUUCAUAAAUCUGAGAGUUUUGGAUUCAAUCUUUCAUUAUUUGAUUCUUUGAUAAAACGAUGGAUUACAAGAGAAGGUGCGUAUAUAGAUGAGCUUAAGCUCUAACCGUUUUGCUGAUGUGGCAUAACAGUUUUUGCCGCUUUAAGGACAAAAGAGUACCAUACAUCCUCUUAUACCAGAAAACAAGAGAACAUUACAAUACAUCUGUAAACAAAUAACCACAUGACUAAAAGGGGUUGGCUAUUUUUUUUUUUUGGAUAACAAGAGGGCCUUAGCCCGGAAAAAAGAGAGAACUACCACUUAACAAAAUGCGGAAUCGAAAUACCAAUAGAGUCAAUUAAAGUAACAAAUUAAUUUGAGCACGACAAUGCUCAUAUAACAUCAAAGAAUAACCUCCAUCACAUGCCUAACGUCACAACGCAGCUCACAACGACACAAGCCCCAAAAAACCCUAACGUUGAUACACAGGCCAACCCCUUAAAUAUUUUUCCAUAGCCAUAACCAUAGCCACUCCCUUAGAACCUCGCAACGUUAUUAUAUCGUUCUCGGAUGGAGAACUCACCCCCAGUCGAUAGGAUCAGCCAUUUACCUGAUGACAUACUUUGUAUAAUACUUUCUUUUCUUCCAACCAAAUUCGCUUUCACCACCACCGUUCUCUCCAAAAGGUGGAAACCACUCUGCAAAUUACGACGAAUUGGUUGACGACGAAUUGGUCUCUACUGACGCCUUCCUCCGUUCUGUGACUUUGUCGACACAGUCACACUCUCCACCCAACUCAUCAAAACGCUUCACCUCAGUUGUCAUUCUACUAAUUGGCAACUUUUUGACAGGUGGAUCAGAAAUGCGAAAUGCCACCCAGUUGAGAAUCUGCAGAUAAUUAGUAGUGCUUGUGUGAUCCGCCCAAGUAUUUUCAGAUUUCCAACACUCGUUGUUCUCAAAUUGAAGAGGCUAAAAGUGGUUGAUGAUAUCUCUGUUGAUCUUCCCUUGCUUAAGACCCUUCAUCUGGAUAAGGUUCGUUUGAAAAAUAAGCAGAAUUUCAACAAGCUUCUUCAUGGAUGUCCCAUUUUGGAAGAUUUGAUUGCUAACAUUUACUAUAUAGAACCAGCACCUCAGCCUGAGGAGGUUUUUACUCUUAGUACAGCCACUGCCACAGGAGAGUUUAAAAUCUUAUCCAAGUUGAUUAGAGCCAAAAUCAAUGUAUGCGAUGUUCCGUUUAGAGCAAUUCAUAAUGUCGAAUUUUUAUCACUCACUGUAAGGAGCAGGCUUACUGAUCCAGAGAUCAAUUUCUAUAACAGAGGCUCUCCUAUAUUUCGAGACUUAAUCAACCUUCAAUUAAGCAUGUUUUACUUUCACCAUUGGGAUCAUGUAAUGGAAGUGCUUCAGCAUUGCCCCAAGCUUCAAAUUCUUCUUAUUCUGAAGUUAUCAGAGGACAAAAUAAACUGGAAAUACCCAAAUUUUGUUCCUGAAUGCAUUUCAUCUCACCUCAUAUCAUGUACUAUAAACUAUGAAGGCUUGGAAGAUGAACUUCAAUUUGCAAAAUAUAUUUUGCAGAAUGCGCGGCUUUUAGGGGUCAUGCAGAUCACCGGUACUUUUUUAUUUAAACAAAAGCCAAGUCUGCAACCUUUACAAGAAUUAUACUCGUGUCCAAGGAUUUCUUCCGAAUGUAAACUUUCAAUUGGUUGAAGGACAUAGGAUUGUCUCUACAUACAAAUGAACGGGAAAGAAGGUUCUUAAUAUGAUCUAAUUUGACAGCGAACAGCCAUUAUGGUGGAAGAACUUUGCAUUUUAUCGUUUUAUGCUUCAUUUUUUGAUGGAUAUAUUAUUAUUUUAUUGAAUGGUUUUUAUUGUAAUAUUAAACUAAUGGUCUAUUUUUAGCUA